GUCAGUUGGAACCUUCUCCUCAAUUGAGACAGACACAAAUUACAGGUUCAUUUCAAUUCAUGGAACACCUUUCAGCCCAGCCGCGGAACAUGACAUUUCAAGAGCAUCCAAUCCCAUUUCGAAGUCCUUUGGGUGAGGACCGAGGAUCUUAUGAGAUUGCGGAUGUUCAGCAUUGGGUGGUAGUCGGGAUACUGAUGCCAAUCGUGAUCGGACUCUAUCUCCUACUUGUGCUGAUAUGUUAUUACUUAUUUUGUAAGAAAGAAAACAACUGGGAACAAGAACUUCAAAGCCAGCUCCACACCUUGCAGCAGAACUCAAAUGAUGGGAGCUUCACACCGCCUCCAUCUUAUGCGAUAUUCAUAGGAAGUGGAGACUCUGAUUUUAUUCCUCCGUCAUACAAGAUGUUGUUCCCACAAGCGUCCAUUACCAAUUCGGUGGAUUCUUUGCAACAUCAGCCAGAAAUUGCUAGUAGUUCUCAUUCGGGUUCAGCGAAUUUGAUCGAUCUCUCCACUCCGAGUAACACCAUCAAGCUGUUGCCUAAUCAGAUCCAUAUCGUGUGCGAAACGCCCUCCACAGCCCUCAAUUUCAUCCAGCACGUGUCUCAAGCUCGGGGAACCCAUUCCUACGAUUCCUCAAGCAGCUUCGGUGCCGGCCCUAGCGUCAGCUACUCUUCAGGGCCGCUGAUGAGCAGUCGGCUUCAGGGUCGCGGGUCCCAGUACCUCUACUUCCCUUUCCCACAUGGCCGAACGCCCUCGCCUAGACAAACAAUGGUGCCCAGAUGUGGGUCGGAAGAUGUGGGUCCGACGUCUGAACUGGAAAUGGGUCGCUUUGAGGAAGAGCCAGAAGUUGGCUUAGCGAUUUUCAAUCGCUCCAGAAUGAGGAGAGGCUCUUCGUUUUGAAUCGAAAGACUUGAAAUGUCCUUAUGGUCAGAGUUUUCUGUAUUUAUACAAGAAGACAUGGUGGGAAGAAUGGAUUAUUUUGAUACAAAACAGGGUCUGUGAUACAUUUGUGGGGUUUCAGCUCGUUGGAGCCACCACCACAAAAAGCUUUUGUAAAACGUUGGUGACAUAAAAUGUGUAACGAUCCAAAAACGCGGGCUUAUUCUUCCAUCCAAUGAAGAAGGCGUAGACAGGUACGGCGGUGAAGAUCAUCAGCAAUCCGAUCCCGGUCUCCACGGGCUUGGCCAUCAUCGGGAGGACAGUAAUGAUUGCUGUGAGAAUGAGAUACACUAUGGGGAAAACAAGAUGGACCUUCAGUGGUCGCUCCAUUUUGGGUUGUCUCCAUCGAAGAUAAGGCAGGCAAAAUACAGCUGCCCCUAUCGAAAGCCACGUGGCAAAGCCAACGUAGUUCAUGAGCAUGCCGAUAUUGGAUGAACUGAGAUAAAGCAGGGCAAGGAAAGUGAUCACCAUCACUGACGGGGCCGGAGUCAUCUUCUUCGUUUGGAUCAUGGUGAGAACCUGCGGCAUUUGACCCUCACGGGCUCCGGCGAAAAACAGCCUAGAAGAGG